CUCAAACAGCUGUAUAGCUUUCUAAUGUAAAUGUCUUUCUCCUUCGCGCUGUGUUUCGCUGCUGCUGCUGCUCUCCCUCCGAAUCGGCCCGAGAAGGGGCAGCCUCAGAGGGCAGCUUACGCGUAAAUAGCCAAUGUUUUGACCGAAGGAGUUAGAGCAAGGGAAGCAACAACUGCUUGCAAAAGGCAGGGGCUGCUUGCAACUGACAGCACAGCCCACCAGGCACCGAGCCUUGCAUGGGGGAGACCUGGUGACGGUGACAGUUCGGAGGGGGAGGAAGACUUGCCUGGCCCCACAGAAGGAUCUUUAAAUCCAGGAGCGGGGGAGAGAGGCUGGCAGCCACAACCGAGCUGGGCAUCAUGUCAGACACCCGGUGGCGAUGUGUUGAGAGGAACUUUUUGCUAUGGUGAGGAGGACGCAGUAAGGACAUGGGAAAUUUGCUCCACUGAUCUCCGGCAGGAUUUGGGGCAGUGGCUCUGUCGAUCCGAGCUAUCAGGGACUGCGCUCUGAGAAGAAAACUCCUACUGCUCAUGCCAUGAAGGAGGAGAAUUUUCUUCGUCGCAGGUUCUCUCUCUGUCCUGCUUCUUCCACCCCUCAGAAAAUUGACCCUCGCAAGCUGACACGGAAUCUGUUCUUUGGGGCUGAUAAUGAGAUCUACCCACUCAGCCCAGGAAAAGACAUGGAAGGAAACAGCCUGUCAGCACUGAAGGAUGAGGCUCCACAGACUCCAGUCUCCAUUAGUAAGACUGAGUAUAAGCUUUGCAAUGGGUCUGAUAAAGAAUGUGCAUCUCCCACAGCCAAAUUUACUAAGAAGGAGACAUUGAAGGUACAGAAGAAGAAUUACAGACAGGAGAAGAAAAGAGCCACCAAGCAACUCUUCAGUGCUCUAAAGGAUCCCAGUGUGGUGAUUAUGGCAGACUGGUUGAAGAUCCGUGGGACUCUGAAAAGCUGGACCAAGCUGUGGUGUGUUCUGAAACCAGGAGUGCUGCUGAUUUAUAAAACACCAAAGGUCGGUCAGUGGGUGGGCACCAUCCUGCUCCAUUCCUGCGAGCUGAUUGAGAGACCCUCCAAAAAGGAUGGCUUCUGUUUUAAACUCUUCCACCCCUUGGAUCAGUCCAUCUGGGCUGUGAAGGGUCCAAAGGGAGAGAAUGUUGGUUCCAUCACUCAGCCUCUUCCCAGCAGCUACUUGAUCUUCAGAGCAACCUCGGAAUCAGAUGACAAGUCCUGUUGUUCUACAGGCCGAUGUUGGUUGGAUGCUCUGGAACUUGCCCUGCGUUGCUCCAGUCUCUUCCGACUCAGCGCCUCCAAACAGGGGAAGGAUGGAGACCUGAACUGCUCUUCUGAUUCUUCACAUGCUGGGCUGUAUAACCUGUUGCACACGACCACCAUCUCUGACCAGGAGUUCUUCCAUUUUAAUGAAUCAGCCCUGGAAAAUCACCACGUAGAAAAUGAUGCUUUUUCGGACAAAUCUGAGAGAGACAACAUAGAGGAGUCUGAGAAUGAGACUCAGGAGAACAGCCGGAAGACAAAUGAAAGCGAGAGUGAGCAGUCUGAAAUCCACGGGGAUGUCUCCCAGGAAAGGAAAGGGACGACCUAUAUGGAACAGAUCUAUGAGGAGUUUGGGGAGACGGGUGAAUCCUCUCAAACAGAAACAGUCUCGGAAGAAAACAAGAGCUUGAUGUGGAUUCUGUUGAAACAGCUGCGGCCUGGCAUGGACUUGUCCCGAGUGGUUCUGCCCACCUUCAUCCUGGAGCCACGUUCUUUCCUCAACAAACUCUCUGAUUAUUACUACCAUGCUGACCUACUUUCCCAAGCUGCACUCGAAGAAGAUCCAUACAGUCGAAUCAAGCAAGUUUUGAGAUGGUAUUUGUCAGGCUUUUAUAAGAAGCCAAAGGGAAUAAAAAAGCCAUAUAACCCCAUUUUGGGAGAGACCUUUCGCUGCUGUUGGUUUCACCCACAAACAAACAGUCACACGUUUUACAUCGCGGAACAGGUAUCUCAUCACCCACCAGUUUCAGCCUUUCACGUCAGUAAUAGGAAGGAUGGUUUCUGCAUUUCUGGCAGCAUUCUAGCCAAGUCUAAGUUUUAUGGUAACUCACUUUCUGCGUUAUUGGAUGGGAAAGCCAAGCUUACAUUUCUAAACAGGGAUGAAGACUAUAUCAUUACGAUGCCAUAUGCCCAUUGUAAAGGAAUUUUAUACGGUACCAUGACAAUGGAACUUGGAGGGAAAGUUACUAUUGAAUGUGAGAGAAGCAACCACAGGGCAGAGCUGGAGUUCAAACUAAAGCCCUUCUUUGGUGGCAGCACAAGCAUUAAUCAAAUCUCUGGGAAGAUUAAAUCAGGAGAAGAAGUGUUAGCAAGCCUUGAUGGACACUGGGAUGGGGAAGUGUAUUUAAAUGACCUGAAAAAUGGGAACACUGAAAUAUUCUGGAACCCAACCAGUGAAGUGCGGAGGCAGAGACUGAAACGCCACAUUGUGCUAUUUGAAGAGCAAACAGACUUUGAAUCAGAGAGACUCUGGCAGCAUGUAACAAGUGCAAUAAACAAAGGAGAUCAACACAAAGCAACUCAGGAGAAAUUUGUGUUGGAAGAAGAGCAGAGGAACGCUUCACGGGAGCGAAAGGAGAAUGGCACAGAGUGGAAGCCGCUGCUCUUCCGACACGAUGCUGCUACCAAUGAAUGGCACUACAAAUACGAAGAUUUAAGGCCCUGGGACCCUUUAAAUGACAUUGCCCAGUUUGAGAAAGAUGGGAUACUACAAACCAUGGAGAGGCACCUAUCCACAAGGAUGUCGUCCCACAAAACCAUGUGUAUAAACAACCAAGUUAUACGACACAAGAGAUCUGCGAAAGACUGCAGGCAUCGUAAAACCAGUGACCAACCAUCCAACCACAGCCAAAACACUGAGAGCAGCUGUUCAACACCAGAGUCUGUGCAGGAGCUGUCGGACGAUGAUGGUUUUGAAAGUCCAUGUACUCGGUGCGGAAAGGAAAUGAGUCACCUGAAGGAAAUCCACAUGACCGUCUUAUCCCUACAGAAAGCCCAGCAGGACAUACACAGAAACCUCACUGCUCUGAACAAAAAAUCUUUCUACAGGAAGGCCUCUUCCGAAAACCUCCUCCUGGACUCUCGCUGUUGGUUUCUCAUUUGUGUCUUUCUUACAUGUCAACUGUUCAUUAAUUAUGUCUUCAAAUAAAACACUACGUUUGGCAGCAAUAAAAGUUACUGGCUGCAGGAGGGGGACACUCACGCAAGGAGCCCAUCGAGGCACCAAGCACUUUAAAACCAACACAGCAGAGAUGAAAGAGAGAGCCAGGCUAAAAGGGGAUCCAGGGAACCAGCAGAGUUUAGUUCCUUCAGAUUGUCAUUUGCCUUUGUACGUGUACAUCUUCAAGGACCUCUUUACCUGUAUGGGCCUUAAUGCUAAAGCCAAAUGUAGCUUUAAUUGUGCAAUUUGUUUUCUAUGUCAUUUUCUUGUCAUUUUCUGAUGCAAUCAAUAAUUACCAAGCAGUAUUGGUGCCCCAAUAAUGGCAAACAUCCACAUGGUUCCAUUGGCUUGCUGUAUAGCUCUAAGGGUUGGGGGAGAUGGGAAGGGCUCUUGCCAAUUUUGAAGAUGUCUGUUGGGUACAUUCAGUUAUGGGAUGGGAGCAACAGACGACGGUCCAAAAAUCCAACCACUUGGUUAUCGGUCACAGUUUCUCCUAGGAUCUUGCUGUUGAAACGUGCACACACACAGUUGGACCUGAAAAUGUGCAUCACACUCCACUGCACAGAGAUUGUAAAUAUGCACGAUUGCCGCCUUUCGGAAAAGGGAAUCAUUCAGUAAAGCUCCUCAUUCUGUUACAGAGCCAAUAAUGUCCUGAACUAGACCCACUGAGUCAAAUGUCAGACAUGCUUGUUUAUAAAUCCUGGUCACUUUUUUUUUUUUUGCGCUAUAUGGCUGUUUUUUUAUAACACAAGAAUUGUAUACAAGUCCUCUACAAUUUCCCAUUGCCCUCUUGGAGAGGGAGCAAAUAUUCGUGUUUGAUCGUAGGCACAUCUAUUAUUAAAGGUCAGGAAGGGUAAGGGUUUUGCCACUGCGUUGUUAACUCUGUUAAUAGUCUUCCUAUUUUACACCAUUUUUUAAAAGAUUUGCAAUAUUCUCUGUAGAUUGCAGUCAGUACUAAGCCUUUCUUUUCUGGCCUGAAGUAGUUCCAAUUGGUAAGUACUGCUAUGUAUACAGCCUUAAAAUACUUAGUGAUGGUGCCAGACUGGCAAACUUUAAAUGUAAAUGUUUCCAAAUUUUUAACUACAUUCCUUGUCAUGUUCCCCAGUUAGGGGAAACCUGUUUGUGCUUGAUAUGUUGAAAUAAAAUUACACAGAAC